CACUCAAUGGGACCCUCAGGUCUUUGGAUUUAAAUUUUUUCCUGCUUAACAAGAUGGUAGUGUUGUGCUCGAUCGAUUCGAUCAUCGAUUUAAUCGAUUAUCGCUUGCCAACUUUGUGAUCGAUGAUCAACAUGGAAAAUCGAAAAUCGAAAAAGAGUAUGGUUGCCGUAAGAUGUUAGAUUGGGGUUAAAUUAAAAACUGAAAUUAAGAUUAAUUAGGAUUUAUAAGUUUAGAGCUAGGAUAGAAACGCUCAAAAAAAGUCAAAAUUAAAGCGUCAAAAAUGUUAAUUUAUUAUGCGUUCACGAUUCUCUACCAAAAUGUUACAUUUUAUAACUUUUAUAUGUUGUGUUUCAAUGUUUUGUUUACAUUAAAAAUCGAUCGAUUUAAUCGAUUUUUUGAGUUUUUAAUCGAAAAAAUCGAUCAGCCCUAAAAUCGAAAAUCGCCCAUCACUACAAGAUGGCACUAAACAUCAAUUUUCAUUUAAACUUAAUACAAUCGGGUUUGAUUGCGAUAACUGUUAUCUAUUUGCGAUAAUUGUCUUAAUUAUAACAAUACAUUUUUAAAUCAGAGCCAUCUGUGUAAGCAGGAAAAUAGUUAAACCUGAAGACUUUAUGGUUUUCAUUAAGUGGGCUCUCUUGUUAUACUCUUUGUGUGAUACCUUUCAUAAUCUUAAAUGAACGACUGUAUUUUUGAAUUGCAAUUGCUUUUAAUGCGCAAAGAUACCAAAAACAUGGUACAACUUUAUUUUCUAUGCUGUAUAAUCUAUAACUCCAUAUCUUUAACCAUCAACGAUCUAUCAUGGAAACUGAUCCAGAUAAAGUGCUUAUUGUGAACCGAUCGAAAAAGUAUCGUGUUGGUAAACGUUUUAUCUGUUCCCGUGUGCCUUACUUUGAAAAAAUGUUUUCUUGUGAUUUCUUGGAAUCAAAGGAAAACAAAGUUGUUCUUGAUUUGAAUGAACGGUGUUUUGGUUUGAUUCUUCAUUGGCUCCAGUAUGAACACAUAUUAAUCAAAAUGGAUUGUGUGAUUGGAGUUUACGAUAUUGCUGAUUACUUGGUGAUGGAUAGGCAGCUGCUAACAUAUUGUAUUAACUAUUUCGAUGUUGACUUUCAGAAAAAUUUCUCUGUUGAACAUAUUCCAGUUGUUAUUCCUCAAGUCUCUGAAGUAUCCAAGUUAAUGAAUUCUGAUCAACUCAAUUCGUUUAUUUGCCGACACUUUUUGAAAAUAGUUCACACAACUGUUUUUCCAAUCUAUUCAAUUGAAACAUUGGAAUACAUAUUGAAAUUGGAUUUAAUGGUGUUUUCAGAAUAUCAAGUUUUCGAAGCGAUAGUCACUUGGAUUGAAAAUGAUCCGGACUCAAGAAUACGCAAGCUUGCAGAUCUUUUUAAACAUAUUCGUUGGUGUCAUUUAUCUGUGGAGGAUUUGAAAAAAAUAAAGUUACACGAUUCAACUAGACAUUUGCCAUAUUUCAAAUCAAUCAUUUGCUCAUCAACUACUUGUGCAUUUGGUUCAUGUGAAUUCAAUCGCAGUAAUCAAAGUUUUUUCAUCAUCGUUUAUGAAAUGGACGAUCCUCACUUAAAAAUUAAAAUACUUGAAUAAAUAAUAGUUCAAAUAUUUACUCAACACAUAUGUUACAUUGGAUGCAUCAAUUUCAUAUGGAUUUAUACAUGACGAAAACGUUACUGAUAUUUUUUAUGAUUCAGGAAAAAAGAAUUCGUGUUGAUUGGUCUAAUAAAACUUUCAGCUAUCUUUUUGUUAGUAAUCACUACAGGCUGGUUCAUAAUAUUUUUUUCAAAUAUUCACAUCAUUCAAAUGGAAAUCUCUUUCUAUCGAAGACCCAGAUUCGAAAUUAUACUCCGCUUACUCUGAACCCAGUGAAGAGAAGAUGUUCAUUGAAGUUAACUACAAAAUUUUCAUUCUUAUCAGGGAUAUACCAAGCCGUAAAUUUUAUUGCAUCAAGUCUGAUUUACAAAGUUUUUUGGAUAAUUAUAAAGCCGGAAACCUAACUUUCCUUGCAACGGCUUCAAAUAACUGCAUUUAUAUUUUAACAAAUGAAGCUCAUUUCAUUGAGUUCAACACUGUCGCUCGAACCUUCAGGAUAAGUACGUGAUUUAAGGACUCAAAGAUAAUAUUCAAAGAUCUAAUUCUAACUUCUCAUCAAGAUAAAGUGAUUAUUUUGCUCAAGUCGGCUGGAAAAAUUCAAGUAUGACAUGACUUCCGAGAAAUGGAGUGCAAUGGGCCAGAUAAAGAGUCUUAACACUGAUCCCGAAGGAAAUGAUUUGAACAGGAUGUUAACUUUUGGCCCAGCUUUUUUGCCAUUGCAGAAACUUAACCUCUUCUCAUGAAAUUUUUAUGGAUAUUUUUUGUUUUCAACGCCCGUUGCUUCUCUUAAAAACACAAAAACGCUAUUCUCAUCUCAAAAUUUUCUGCAGCCUUAACAGCCAACUAGACAAAGCAGACAAAAAUCUCUAGUUUUGUUACUUUUCAAGUUUAUGACCACUGUUCUGUUAUAGUUAACCCUCUUUAAGUUGGAGCCUUUAAAAGUUUGACGUUUCUAGGCAAUAGCCCAAACAACUUGAUCAGUAUCCUGAGCCAAUAGGUCAAUCUUUGGCUAAUCCACGUGUACUUGACUGCAAAAUAGACCAUAAGCUAUUAUGACUUUGCCCGUCUAACACAUCAUGUAGUCCUUGAAAAAUGUUUUAGUUUCAAGAAUUAAUUAAUGUAAUCUUAAAUUAAUUACAAAUAAUUUUUGUAAUCUUUUUACCAAUCAUUUAACUAAACCAAAGCAACAUCAACUGUAUUUAAAUAUUGAUCUUGUGUGUUUUAAGCAUAGAAACAACUUAUUUCCAUUUGUUUUAUUAAUUCUUCAGUUGCAUUGAAACCCGGAUUAAAAUGGACAUCGAUAGUGAUGAUCGUUUAACCAUUGUGAAUAGAACUUUGAUUUACAAUGUUUCCAAAAAGCUCAUCUGUUCAUCUGUGCCUUACUUUGAGAAAAUGUUUUGUUGUGAUCUGUUGGAAUCAAAGGAAAACAAAGUGGUCCUGGAUUUUGAUGAACACGCAUUUGAUGCUAUUCUUAACUGGAUUCACACAGGAUUAUUCACAAUCAGAAUGGACAGUGUAAUCAGCUUAUACGAGUCUGCUGAUUAUCUGAUGAUAAAUGAACGUUUGUUGCAACCUUGUCUCUCUUAUUUCCAUGAAAAUUUCACCAUUGAGUUUCUCCCAGUUAUUUUACCGCAAGUCACCAAAGUGUCCAAGCUGAUAAAUUCAGGAGCCAUUGAAAGCUUCAUUUGUCGCCAUUUCUUGAAGAUUGUUAAUACGAGUGUUUUCUUGAAUUAUCCAGUUGAGACAGUUGAGGAAAUUAUUAAAUUAGAGUUAAUGGUUUACUCUGAACUCCAAAUAUUUGAAGCAAUCAUGAAAUGGGUGAAUAAAAAUGCAGAACAAAGAAAAGAAUUUCUUUGCCGUUUAUUGAAAUUCGUCCGUUGGUCUUUCAUUGAUUCUGUUGAUAUAUCUAAGAUAAAGGAGGAUAAGUUAAUCAAGACUCUUGAAAAUCUGGAUUCAAUCAUAUGCUCUGGUGGUCAAUAUGGAUCCGAUCGUAGUAAACAAAGCUUUUUCAUAUCAGUUCAUGAAAAAAAGGACAGAAAUUUAAGAAUAAGAAUCUUUGAUAGUAGAUUUUUAUGUUUACCCAUUGGUGAUUUUACUCAGGAUGACUCUAUUCCCCUUGAAUUUGUUCAUGGAGAACACAUUUCGGAUAUUUUAUUUGAUUCUGGAAGAAGAGGAAUACGAAUCGAUUGGAUUAAAAAGACAUUCAGAUGGCUCCAUUCAACAGGCGAGGGUAAAACUUUUCAUCAUCAGAUUUAUCAAUUGGUUAUCAAGUUUUUGACUGAACCCAACUACUCAGAUUGCUAUUUGAUGGACAAAGACACUGAACUGCCACACAAGGUUCCUGGAGAUGAAUGCAUGCUUCUUGAAUCUAAUUAUCAAUUCAUUUUGAUUGGCAAAGCAGAAGAAAAGUUUUUUGGUAUUUUCGAAGUCGCUCGCUGUUGGUUCAUAACUAAUUAUUUAGAAAUGGAUUAUACUUUCAUAGCAACUGUUUUGGACAAUCAUGUUUAUAUUUUAACUCGUGACAUUGAGUUCAUCAAAUUCAGUUUCGAUACUGGUACUUUCAAGAAGAGUGAACCAUUCAAAGAACGCAAGUUAUGUUUCGAGGAAUUGAUCUUAACUUCACACCAUGCGAAUGAUGAUAGAAUAAUUUUGCUCGAUAAAUCAUCUGGAAAGAUUUACUGUUUCAAUAUUACCAAUGAAAGUUGGACUGAAAUGUGCCAAAUCAUGAAUUUAAAUUUUGAUUCGACUUCUGUUGUGGACUCUAAUAAGUUAAUUGCUUUCACUUCAACAUUUUUACCAAUCAAUUCAAUCAAACCUCAGUUUGAAAGAAAAUUUCUGUGACUUUUGCCAUAAUUUUUAUUUUGACGAAGAUAAUCAGUUUAAAUAAAUGUGAGAUUUUC